AUGUUAGCAUCACUAAAAAAUAGUUAUGUUGUUAUCAGAUCUAUAAAAUCGAGAUUACCCCGGCUUUAUUCCCUAAGUGCUCAGCCAUUGGGAAUAGACAACACAAUUGAGAAUAACUCUCCUACGGAGACAAAUAGGUUGAGCAAAACUUCACAAAAAUUUUGGGAAAAAGUGUCAUUAAAUAGGAAUGUUAAAAAGGGCAAAAUUGCUUUACAAUUAGAUGGUACGACUAUAAAGACUCCUUUAGGAAAUGAAAUAAUAAUUGAUGAUACUAGGUCUCUCUUAGCAUACUUAUUGAAGCUGGAGUGGUCAUCCUUAUCCAACAUUUCCAUCAAAACCCACUCCCUGCCAUUAACAUCAUUGGUGGCAAGAAGCAUUGACUUACAAAUGAUAAAUAAACCUGACUGUGACCCUCAAUUAGUCGCAAAAAUUGGAGGUAACAGUGAUGUUAUAAAAAAUCAAUUAUUAAGAUAUCUGGAUACCGAUACAUUGUUGGUUUUCUCUCCUAUGAAUGAAUUUGAAGGAAAGUUACGCAAUGCACAAAAUAAAUCAUAUCUGCCCCUAAUUAAAGGCAUGGAGGAGUUUUUAUCCAAGUUUUCUUUCCAGUCUAAUGUUCAAUUACAAAUUUUAGAUGCUGAUAUUCAUGGUUUGCGGGGCAAUCAGCAAUCGGAUAUCGUUAAAAAUGCAGCUACGAAGUAUAUGAACGGCUUAUCUCAGUGGGAUCUUUCGAUUCUUGAGAAAACUAUACUAACUACGAAAUCCUUCAUUUGCGGCGUGCUCCUAUUGGAAAAUAAGAAAAAUUCUUCGAACUUACUUCCCAACUUGAAAACUGAUAUGGAAAGUAUUAUCCGUGCUGCUACUUUAGAAACUAUCUUUCAAGUUGAAAAAUGGGGAGAGGUUGAAGAUACUCAUGACGUUGACAAAAGGGAUAUCAGAAGAAAGGUUUAUACUGCCGCGAUUGCAGCUUUUACUCAAUAA